UCUGCGCCGAGCAGACAUGGCUCCAAUAGAGUGGCUGUGUGUCACCGCGCUGGUGCUGGCCAGCAACCUGCAGGCAUGGUCACCAGGGAACACGCGCGCGCUCAUACGGUCACUGCGCCAAGCUGCAGACAACCCGCGUCGCUCCACAAGCGGCGCGGGCCACGCCGGGCCUGGCAAGAAGGACGGUGGUCCCCGGUCGCCCACAGACCGGGCGCAGCGCGUGCUGAGGCAGGCGGCAGGUCCUCCGCCAUACCCGGGGUUCGAGGUACCCCCAGGCUACCCGGGGUCCGGCGGCGACUGGGUGGCCCCCGACAACGUUGAUGUCAUCAUGGUGCCCAUCACCGUGGGACUGAAUGGCGAGUUCUAUGGUCUCUACCUCUGCUUGCUUGUUUGGCACUGCAUUGCAGAAAUCCCACAGACCUAUGUACCAGUGCAAGUAUAG